UUUUAACUCAACUGUGCGGUUUCUGGACUUUAUCCAAGUUAAAAUGGAAUAUCAGGAGUUCCCUCAAGAGAGGCUAUCAAGAUCUUGAGUUGCUACACGGUUGCUGUGGCUGCUCCUCUCGUGAAUGAAGAUGGACCCUCGCGCCGUGUGCGUCCUCCACACUCUGCUGGUGCUGCUCAUCUUGCCCCCUGUUGUCUCAGUCCCCUGCCCCCGGCCCUGCUCCUGUCCCCAGCCCGUUGAGCUCCACUGCACCUUCCGCUCCCUCAUCACCAUCCCAGCUGCUGUGUCCAAACACGUGGAGCGAGUGAAUCUGGGGUUCAACAGCAUUAAUAAGAUUACAGACAAAUCGCUGGCUGGUCUGAGGAAACUGGAGCUUCUGAUGGUCCAUGGGAACGACAUCCACAGUCUACCCCAUGGAGUAUUCAAGGAUCUGACUUCACUUCAGAUGUUGAAGAUGAGCUACAACAAGCUGACGGAGAUAAACAGAAACACCCUUCAGGGUCUGUGGGCCCUGGCUAGGUUACACCUGGACCACAACCGUUUAGAGUUCAUCCACCCAGACGCCUUCCAGGGCCUCACCUCUCUGCGGCUGCUGCAGCUGGAAGGCAACCGGCUUCAGCAGCUGCACCCAGCAUCUUUCUCCACCUUCACUCUGAUGGGCCACUUCCACGUCUCCACUCUGAGGCACCUCUAUCUGUCGGACAACGGGCUGACAUCGCUGCCCUCCAGGCUGGUGGCGACCAUGCCUCAGCUGGAGAACCUGUACCUCCAUGGAAACCCAUGGACGUGCGACUGCGACAUGAGAUGGCUCCGUGUCUGGGAUAAAACCUCACCAGGUGUCUUGAAAUGUAAAAAGGAUAGGGCUCUUCCUGGUGGCCAGCUGUGUCCCAUGUGCUCCUCCCCCAGGCAUCUCCAGAGGAAGGAGCUCCAGACUGUGGAGAACCUGGUCUGCAGCAGCCCCGUCAUCAGCUCCCCUCACAGGACUACCCCACCCGAUGACGUGGAGAGUGAGGUCAUGACGGCGGAUGACUUCAGGGAACCAUUUGGAAACAUCUCCCUGGGCCUGUCGGACGAACAUGGGAAUAAAGUAGAUCUGGAGUGUGGAAUCAGUGAUCCGAGGCAGUUUACCAAGAUCAACUGGGAGCAGGUCAACCAGCUCCAAUUGGACUCCAACAUCACCUUUUCAGUGGAUCUUGAAUGUCCUGUUGAUAGAGAAAAGUAUGAGCAACUGUGGAGGCUAAUUGCAUACUACAGCAGUGUGCCAGCCCACUUGCAAAUGGGGAUUAUGCUAAAAAAAGAGCCUCAUCCAACCUAUGUGUACAGACAGGACUCUGAGAAGGAUGCCCAUUACUACACAGGUGUUAAAGCUAAUAUCAUGGCCCAGCCAGCUUGGCUGAUGCAGACAUCUGUAGGCCUUCAGCUGAACAGACUUCAAUCAUCAGCCAAGAUGGUAAAAUUGACCCUGAGCACGGACUUCUCAGAGACAGUGGAGUCAGAGCUGGUGCGCAGACAGAAAAGGACAUGGGUCAUGAUCGAGUCAACAAACACGACUCGUAAAGUGUUGAGUGCUAUCCUGGGAAGUCCAAGUCAAAUGCACUGUAACGUGCACAGUUCUGGCCAACCGGUCAUCCACUGGAUGCUGCCAGAUGGCUCUCAGGUGGAGGCCCUAUAUAGCAGUCCAGACAACAGGUUGUCUGUGUCUAAUGACGGAAGCCUGGUUAUUAAAGCUGUCAGCCACACAGACACUGGAAUUUAUUACUGCAUUGCCAAGGUUCAUGGAGACCUUGCUGUCAUGCCAUUUCAUCUGACGGUGCAGGAAUCCUCCAGCCCUCCCCCAGGGGAGGAUGCCUCAAUUUCACCUACCGAGGGAUUUGCAGGCAGCCCAAUGUCCCUGCCUUGCACGGCAUCUGGUUCUCCUGAUGCUGAAAUUAACUGGAUUUUACCAAACAGCAACAUUGUUAAUUUCCAAGCCAACUCCUCUAGAGUUUUGGUCUAUUCUAAUGGCACUCUACAUAUCCCACAGACUCAGUUAUUGGACAGUGGUCAUUAUAAAUGUAUCGCCAUUAAUCAACAUGGGGUGGAUACACUGGCUACAAAAAUCACUUUGGUCCGACGCAAAGGGACGAUAAGGCCUUUGAGGAAGUUUCCAGCAAGACCUCAGUCGGCGUCAGGGGUGAACACUCAGAUUAAAGUUCCCACAGACGAAACAGAGGAGGCUUCUGGGGAAAUUGAGGUCACGCAGGGGGGGGCUCCAAUGAGCCGCUUGGAUCCUUUGAGAAGGAGAAUUCCAGGAGGUGUGUCCCCCGGCAGGAGGGGCGUCCAUCCAUCGAGGGGUAUGAGGCGGAGGCCGUCAGUGCUUCGAAAACCAACGGGAGCACGUGUUGAAGACAGGAAGAAUAUAGUUGAGAGCAGGAGGAAGAUUAAUGUGUCAAAGAAUAAAAUAGACCCAGAGAAAUGGGCUGAUAUUUUGUCUAAGAUUAGGGAUCGAAAAGCUCAGAGUACUGUGACACCACUGCCAGUUCAGCAUACAACUGAGAGGAGACGGACCAAGCAGACGACACAAUCACAAGAUACUGUUGAGGGAUCAUCAGAUGCCAUGACUGUGCAGGAAAAGGAGGGCCAGGAUUACUUCACAGCAAUUCCAAUAAAAUAUACACAAAUAAAAGCGAAUAAACACAAUACACAAGAUACAAACUUGGAUCUACUCACAACUUCAAACAGUGUAUUUUUCCUCCCACAGCAGACCACAUCUGUUCCCAUACACGCUGUCACUUUCUGGCAGGCUAACACAAACACUGCAAGCGGCAGCAGUACAUUUUCUUUACAAGAGAACCAUAGAACAAAUACAGAUGUCGAUGGAGUCAAAACAGCUGAUGGAUCCAAGGCAUUGGAGAGGAGCGAGAAUAUGGAUAGAACAAAUGUCGUUUCCAGCUCUGAUAAUGACAGAGAACUUUCUUCAAGGGGAAGUCAAAUUAUCCCUUCGGUCAACCCAAAUGAGUCAGAAACAAUCCAAGAGGAAAAUGGAAAAUAUCUUAGUGCGACUGCAGCAGCUUCACAGUUGCCUACUCAGCUAAAGGACACAACACUUGAUGAUUUGCAAUCUCAAGCAGUAUCUCCAACAACUACACUUGUACUCGCCACAACAGGGAGGAAGGAGUCUGAAGGACAAUCGCUUCCGCGCCUACGACAACCUAGCUCGAGCAGAAGGAAUGGGGGUCGUCGGAGAAAGCCGAACAAAAGGAAACAAAAGCUGAACAAACCCCAGUUUAUUGCCAACACACCUGCGAAUGCUCCCCUAGCAACAGUAAGGACCACUGCCUCCACACAGCUAAAAAUAGAACCCGUAGAAGUUACAACAGCCAAUUUCAAUACCACUGUUCCAUUCAGCAGCAGCCAAGCAGCAUCACUGAGUCAUGAAGAAAGCACAGUCUCAGGGCAUGACGACGAGGCAGCCACCAAACUCUCUUCACGACCAGCUUCUCCCUCGGAAACAAUGGACAGCCAUCUACCCUUGGCCAAACCACUCCUCGAAAGCACAUCAGCGGCACCAUCAUUUCCAACAGUCUCUCCAGGAGUGGGUCAUGGAAAGACAAGUUCUCAAACAGCCCUGAGAAUCUCAGAGAGUGCGUCUCCUCCGGAGGCCUUGGAUACGGUCACGUCAAUCACUCAGCAGAGGUUUACGGGCAGCACUCUUCCACCUGUUAAACCCUUAGAGGAGACACAAAGAGUCAGCGUUACGGGAGACCUUGGACCUUUGCGCUCUGACAAUUCCUCUGGGGGUUUUCAUACUGUGACGCAGAAUCAAUCAGACUAUCAAUACGUACCCAUGGAAAAAGGUGAAAAGAUGCUUUUGAAAGAGGCUGACGUGCAUUUUUCACUGCUGCCACCCCCACUCGCCUCAGCUGCUUCCUUGAUCAAAGAUGAAGUCGAGACAACCUCUGGAUACACUUCAAUUGGCUUAAUUACGACACGGAGCAUGCCUUUUGAGGACUCAAAAGAACAGAUAACCACAGAUAAAUCUACAGUAACUGAAAGAUCCAAUCAGAGUAAAAAUAAAAUCAUGAGUAGCGAGUCAGAGGUAGAUCGGCAUCUUAAAGAAACUGCAAACAUAGUAAAUGACGUUGAUGUUCCUUUUACAAGUAUUGUCAUCCCAAAACCUCCCUCCGCUACUUCAUCAAGGCCCGAUUCUAGAGUGGCGGUACAUGUCACGUCACCAAACACGUCUCCCACCGUAGCCAAAAUGGGCCCUUCAUUGAGGGCCACCACUCAGGAGGCUCCUAGGAUAAACAACAUUCCUGAUGCGCAAAAUCAAGACCAACAAGUCCAAUCCAUCAUCACAUCAGAGCCGAGGAAAACAUCAGACAUCCGUCCUGCAACCCAGUCAACUGACCACAAAUUGGCUCCAUUUAUUAGUACAAAUCCAACUUCCCCAGCUCUAAAGUUGACCAGCGGGCAGACAAUAACGCAGACUGCCCCUCCUGCCCCAACAAUCCAAACUACUCCAUUCAGAGAGGGACUCCUAACAAGCACUCGGGAUGUGUCCAGAAAGCACCAGCUACCUGCACGAGGAACUAUUCCAAGAGGAAAGCCAAGGAUAACUGAGAGCAAUUUCCAGACUUUCACUGUGGAAGCUGAAACAGAUGCUCAGCUUCCCUGCGUGGCUGAGGGUGAGCCAAUGCCCUUCCUGUCAUGGACUAAAGUUGCCAGUGGGGCAAGUAUUGCACAAAAUACUCGGGUCCAAAGGUUUGAGGUUCAUCCAAAUGGUACAUUAAUCAUCAGAAACACACAGCCCCUGGACAGAGGCCAGUACCUCUGCACAAUCCAGAACCAGUAUGGCACAGACAAGAUCUUGGUCAACCUUGUGGUUCAGUCUCUGCAUCCGCGGGUCCUCCAGCCCCGACACAGAGACAUCACUGUGCACCUAGGUGGCAAAGUAAAUUUGGAGUGUAAUGUAGAGGGGCACCCUACGCCUCGAGUCACAUGGGUGCUCCCUAAUCAAGUCCACGUGGCUGCUGCCCCAUUGGGUGUUACCCCUCAGCAGCAUGUGGCCGUCUUCAGUAACGGAACCCUCCGGAUCAGCCAGGCCACUUACGCAGACCGAGGGAUUUAUAAGUGCAUUGGCAGCAGUGCAGCUGGAGCCGACACAGUCUCGGUCCGCCUUUACGUGUCAGUGUUGCCACCUACAAUUCAGCAGACACAACAUGAGAACAACACCCUUCCAGAGGGCAGCACUGCCUACAUCCACUGCACUGCCACAGGCGCCCCUGAACCUGUCAUCCGCUGGAUCACACCUGAUGGUGUACAGCUCACAGCUACCCAGCUUGUUACUGCACGCAACCUCAUGGUCUUCCCAAAUGGGACCCUGUACAUACGGGGAUUUCGCCAGGGAAAUGCUGGGAGAUAUGAGUGCUUAGCCAGUAAUGCGGUGGCAUCCACCACAAGAACAGUGAUCUUGAACAUAAGGAGAAAUCCGUCCUCUGCCAAGGCCAGGAUCACCUUGUCGUCCCCUCAGAUAACUGAUGUGAUCUAUGGGGGGAGGCUGCUGCUCAACUGUGUGGCAACAGGAGAGCCGGAGCCCCGGAUCAUCUGGAGGACACCCUCUAAGAAGCUGGUGGAUGCUCAGUACAGUUUUGACAGCAGGAUCAAGGUUUUCCCCAAUGGCACUAUAACCAUUCAUUCUGUGACCGACAAGGACAGUGGUGACUACCUGUGUGUGGCACGUAACAAGAUGGGGGAUGACUUUGUUCUGCUGCGGGUCGACGUGCUCACCAGGCCGGCCAAGAUCGAGCACAAGCAGCAGAGAUCUAGUCAGGAGGUGGUGUACGGGGGGGACCUGAAGGUGGACUGCGUGGCCUCGGGUCUCCCCAACCCCGAGAUCAGCUGGGCACUGCCAGAUGGCACCAUGGUCAACCCAGUCAAACAAAAAGAUAGUGUCAGCAGGGGGCGCAGUCGCAGGUAUGUGGUGUUUGACAAUGGGACGCUGUUCUUCAACCGUGUCGGCAUGCCAGAAGAAGGCGAUUACACCUGCUACGCAGAGAACCAACUUGGAAAAGAUGAGAUGAAGGUUCGAGUCAAGGUCAAGGUUGCAACUUCUCCACCACAGAUCCAGGAUAAAGACCAAAAGAUCAUCAGGGUUUUCUAUGGUGAGACCGUUACACUGAGAUGUAACGCCAAAGGGGAACCAAUGCCAGUCAUCACAUGGAUAUCCCCUACAAAUAGAGUGAUCUCCCCUGCAUUAGACAAAUAUCAGGUCCUGGAUGACGGGACAUUGGUGGUUCAAAAAGUCCAGCGUUUUGAUGGAGGUAACUACACCUGCAUGUCCAGGAACAAUGCAGGACAAGACCAUAAAGUUCUUAGGCUGGAGGUUCUAGUAACAUCUCCAAUGAUUAACGGCUUAAGAGGAACUGUUAACGACAUUAAAGUGACUGCAGUCCCGGAUCAGCGGAAGCUGCUGGAUUGCGUGGCAAAGGGAACCCCCACCCCUCGAGUCAUGUGGGUUCUACCAGGAAAUGUGAUCCUUCCUGCACCUUACUACAGCAACAGAAUGACAGUUCACCAAAACGGUACCUUGGAAAUCCGGUCAGCCAAGAGGACGGACUCGGGGCAGCUAGUUUGUAUCGCUCGUAAUGAAGGAGGGGAGGUCAGGCUGGUAGUCAACUUGGAUGUGAAGGAAGUUGUCGAGCGGCCACAAAUCAGAGGUUUCAAAGAAGAUAGCCUGUCGCUGACUGUGGGGAAUGCCAUGACUUUGAAUUGCUCCUUUGAGGGCUCGACACUACCUCACGUCACUUGGAUCUUACCCAACGGCACGCCUUUACAUCGUGGUGCUCGGUUCUCUAAGUUUUUCCACCAAUCCGAUGGCUCUUUAAUCAUCAGCAACCCCUCUGUUGCCGAAGCUGGUAUGUACCGUUGUCUGGGGCAUAAUUCUCGAGGGCUUGUGGAGCGCACACUCACAUUGUCCCCUGGGAGAAAGCCAGAGAUCAACAACAGAUACAGCUCUCCUGUCAGCGUUGUGAAUGGGGAAAGACUUUUGCUUCAUUGUCCAACAAGUGGCGAACCUCUCAGACUAACAUGGACACUCCCCAGUGGAGUCGUCCUCAACAGGCCACAGAGAGCUGGACGAUACGCAGUACUGCCUAAUGGGACACUUGCCAUCCAACAACUAUCAGUUUAUGAUCGGGGUUCCUACGUUUGCCGAGCUGCAAACGAGUACGGCAGCUCUCAGCUUUCUGUAUCAGUAAUAGUCAUUGCCUAUCCACCUCGAAUUACCAAUGGUCCUCCCUCUGUGACUUACGCUAAACAUGGAGUUGCUGUUCAGUUGAACUGCGUAGCAACUGGGAUCCCUAGAGUGGAGGUAGCAUGGGAAACACCGGAUAAAACACGCUUGGCUGUCAGUGCACAGCCACGCCUUUUUGGAAACAAGUACCUACAUCCGCAAGGUUCCCUCAUCAUCCAGAACCCGACACAACGGGAUGCAGGCGUCUAUCGAUGCACAGCUAGAAAUGCCAUUGGCAUAGACUCUAAAACUACCAUUCUCAAUGUGUUCUGAAGAAUUUCAAUCUUCAUAAUACUCCAUUGCCAUACUGUAUGCCCAAUCAACUGCCUAGUUAAAAGCAUGUGUUUUUAAUUAUCAAACAUGGUGUUAAAAUGCUGUUACAAUUAGUUACUUAAAACCUGCAGUCGUGCUUUGAGUGUGUGCUAAAUCGGGGCAAGAAGUUGAUGGUAUUUUAUGCUAUAUUGUUUACCAUUUCCGUCAUAUUGGCAUAAUCCACAUCACUGGGAAUUAUCAAUGGGCCUCCCAUUUUGAGCAUUUAGAUACUUUUUAAUAGCAAUGUUUGCUAAAGAAAUGCUAAUUGUGUGGGAAAGCAAUAUUGCCUUGGUUUGACAUAGUCACAUGCUCCAGUUUGCCUAUGUUGUUGCAUUGCAUAUAUUUUUUUUUGUUACUCAUGGACAGUUGUUGUUGCCAUGUUCUCAUUAUUUUUGUAUACCAGUAAGUAGUCAUUUGGAAAGUGCAGAAUUAUCGCCCUUUACCGAAUGAUUUGCAUUUUACUAGAAAUAAUUAGUAACUGUAAAAUGAUUGGCACCUCAUCCUGUAAGGUAAUGGCACUGAUGAAUAAUUGUAGUUACCUGAUUGGCUAUACACAACCAAAUGUAAUGGAAAUGGACACAUUUUCUAUAUAUAUAUAUUUCAAAUCCCUCAGGGAGGAGUGGCGCACGGGUGAAAAACAAGUGUGUCUAUAUUCCAUACUAGGAAAAAAAACAACCAAUCUGGUAAAGACUACUGCUCUUCUAUGCCAUUAUCAUCGUACUCUAUAAUGUUUACACAGGUCAAAUAGCCCGCAUCAUUUGUCCACCACCAGUUACUACCAGGGAAUCGUAGGGUCAGAGGACAAUUCAAUAACUUUUGAGAUAUACUUCUAAAAGACAAAUGGGACCAAAAACGGAACCUGCGUGGAGGAGAUAACACACCAUUAUACAGCCAGUGAACUGCGUAAUGUGUCAAGUUGGCAAUCUAAGUUGGUACGGAGGCUUCGGACAAUGACAUAUUAUGUCAGGCUUUAAAGAAUUGCAUAACUUCUCAUUUUCUAACUAGAACAUAUUGUUUAACUUAAUUACAGAAUUGAUUGAAAGUAUAUAUAAUGUUGCUAUGCAGAUUUUUUAAGGCAUAUGAUUUUUAUUUUUUUUAUUUUACUCCAAGCCAGUUGCUACCCAGUGCCUUUUUGAUAAACGUCCAUUGUAAGUAGUUUCUGUGUUUCCAUAACUGCACAUAUUUCAAUAAGAGAUUGUUUCCUGCUCUCAGCAGUGUCUUUGUAUCUGCUUCUAAAAAGAAUUGCUGAUGCAGGUUCGACGUCCUCAUUUGUAAAUGAUUUGUCCUUGACAUACUGUGAUGCAUAGCUAUUUUCCCAUAUUUUAAUAAAACAUUUCCAGCUGUU